UCCCAACACUGCAGUGAAGAUGGGGAAACCUAUUAUUAAGGGGAAGGCAAGUGUUUGAGAAAUGGGGAUGAUGGCAAGUGUUUCUUCAAUGGAAUUUUGGUGCAUCCUUAACCUCAGAGCCACUCUUAUUACUCUUCUUCUUAUUCUCUUUUUUCAUCUUUCCAAGAAACUUUACUCUAAAUUCUUUCCUCCUCCUUCCGUUCUUCAUCUUCCUUCUCCUUCUUCAUCCACUUCCCUUCCUGAAUCUCAAUCAAGAAUCCCAGAGAUUGUAUCUGAUUCAGACUUGAAGUUUUUGAUUGAUAAUCUGGAUGAGAAGCUCGAUGAGGACGAGAAAUGGGAGACUGUAAUUGAUAAGAAAACCAACUCUUUAUCCUACAAGGCCAAAUGCUGCAGACCUAAGAAUAAACCACUAAAAUACCUGAGCACGACUGUAUUUGAGGGUUGCUCUCCGGAGCUUCUGAGGGACUUCUAUAUGGACAAUAAUUAUAGAAAGCAGUGGGAUAAAACGGUGAUUGAUCAUGUGCAGCUGCAGAUGAACACAACAAAUGGGAUUGAAAUUGGCUGCACAAUAAAGAAGUUUCCCCUUUUGACACCCAGAGAGUAUGUUCUUGCGUGGAGAUUGUGGGAGGGAAAAGAUAGAACAUUCUACUGUUUUAUCAAGGAAUGUGAACAUCCAUCUGCACCAAGACGGAAGAAGUACGUCCGCGUAGGAUAUUUUAGAUCCGGUUGGCAAAUCAGGAAAGUACCCGGUAGAGAUGCCUCUGAGAUCAGAAUGUUUCACCAAGAAGAUGCUGGUCUGAAUGUGGAAAUGGCAAAACUAGCAUUUGCAAAGGGCAUAUGGAGUUAUGUAUGUAAGAUGGAUAAUGCAUUACGCAAGUAUGCUGUGAUCAGCCAUCCUCCGACUAGUCCAUCUGUUUCACCAUCCACUCUGAUUCAGAAGGUUCCACCUGAAUUAGAUAUGAUAAACGGUGAUGCACUUCCAGCUGUCUCUGCCUCGAUGGCCACUUUUGAACCAGUUAAUGAUAAACCCAGGGAGAAAAGGCUAUCAAGAAAACCGUCGAAAAAGUUUGUAGCAAAAAGUUUGCUUGUUAUUGGGGGUGUGAUCUGCCUGUCUCGCGGUCACUCUGGCCUGGGUGCUAAAGUUGCAAUGGCAUACAUCUUAACAAAAUUGAGAAAGCGUGGUGAUAGAUCAAGCCAAAGCAUGCAAACUUGAGGCACCCGACUCUGCAACUAAUUUUGAUGGUUUUUUUAAAGAUGCUCUUUGUUACAUGGACUUAUUGAACUUAGUUGAAGUUUAACUACAGAGUCGGAGGAAUAGCAUUGUUAAAGAUGUGAAACCCCAGUUUUAUAUUGUAUAAUAUAUGUUUUGGUUAUUGUAAAUGAACUUAAACCCAGAUUCUAUCUAAUGCUAAUCACUGCAGUUCAUGAA